UCCCAGUUUUUCCUCAACCAGAAGGGUUUCCUUUAGCCCACCGGUGUCUUAUACAACCUUUUACUCCUUUCUUCUCUGUCUUUUUUCGUUUUGGGGCCUUUUGUAUGCGAAACCAUAAAACUGGAGUCCGUUUUCUUGAUUUAGCAUUAUAUUGUAGGUUUUCUUAGGAUGUCUUACUCUCCUCCGAUCAACCGCCCACCGAUCGGCCUCCCACAGCUGCCCCCCGGGAUACCCCCUCCUCAGUAUGCAGGCUUUGCUCCUCCAGGGACUCCCAUGAUCCCUGUCCACAUGGGUGUAAUGGCUCCUGCACCCACGGUUCUGGUUCCGACUACAGUUACUGUUUCACAGAAGCCAGUAAUGACAAAGAAAGACCCUGUCCUCAUCAGAAACAAGGGUGCAGAAGAUAGUGGGGGCCCAACCACCACCGUGUUUGUGGGAAACAUCUCUGAAAAGGCUUCUGACAUGUUGGUCAGGCAGCUUCUUGCAAAAUGUGGUAUUGUCCUGAGCUGGAAGAGGGUCCAAGGUGCCUCUGGGAAACUUCAAGCUUUUGGAUUCUGUGAGUAUAAGGAGCCUGAGUCCACGCUUCGAGCUCUCCGACUUCUCCAUGAGCUGCUUCUAGGUGACAAGAAGCUGCUGGUCAAGGUAGACGCUAAGACCAAGGCUCAGCUGGACGAGUGGAAGGCCAAGAGGAGGAGUGCCAAUGGGGGAACCACAGACGUGUCUAAAAAUGUAGAAGAAGAAGAGGCGGAGGUUCUCGAUGAAGAAACGCUGCAUCGAGAUCAGGUUGUGAAGGGGGCGAUAGAGGUCCUUAUCCGAGAGUACUCCAGUGAGCUUAACGCUCCCUCACAAGACUCCGAGGGCCAGCCUCGCAACAAAAAACGCAAAGAGAAGAAAGAGGAGGAUAUCAAUGCCAUGGAGUUGGAGGAUGACAAGAGAGACCUUAUAUCCAGAGAGAUCAGCAAAUUCAGAGACACACACAAGGUAAUGUAUAAACUUGCUGUUGUUACCUUGAAAUAGGAGGAAAUGAAUCCUGUAUGG